AUGACUUCACCAAAUUAUUGUUCGGCAUGCUACGAGCGUGACGGCACUUGCUAUUGCUCUGGAUGCAAAGACUACUUUUGUGAUGAUGAUUUUAAAAGUCAUCGGGAAAUGUUGAUCAAUAAACUAAAUGAAUUUACAGCAGAUCGAAACGAUCUUCAAAAAAAUAUAAAUAAAGAUAAUUCAAAUCAACGAUCUGUUCUAGACAUUACGGCAAAAAUCGACGAAUGGGAAGAAAGAACUAUCGAGAAGGUGAAACAAGUUGCUGACUUGGCUAAAAAACAGGUUGUCAAAAUCAUAAAUUCUAAUCAAGAAGAAAUUGCUAUACGAUUUCGCAAUUUAUCAAAAGAAUUAGGCGACCGAAGGGUUAAGAAAAGUGUUCUUGAACACGAUAUAACCCGAUUAAAACAAGAAAUAUAUCAACUUAAGGAAGAUGUAAUUAGAAUGACACAGACAUCAACCAUUGAACUGAAUAUGAAACAAAGUGAUAAAAUUGAGUGGAAUCGGAUGACAUAUGUCGAGGGAAAACCUAUAACUCCUUGUAAUCAAUGGCACCAAUUGAAACCAAUCGAAAUCAAAUCAAUAGGUGAAGGUAUUCUUUUGGAAAACGCUAUUCUUUUGAUUCGUGGCAGUUAG